UGACAUCACAAGGGCCUCCCAAGAUAAAAAAAUUAUAAUACACAAUAAUUUCUUAAAAUCAUGGCAACAAUGUGUUAUUUUUAUUUAUUAAUUAUAUUACAUUGUCAAAUAAAGCAAAGAUUCUAUUUUUCAGCUCUGAAUUUGAGGUCGGAUCUUGGCUCUUCGGAAGUCAAUUUCCAUCAACCACACAAAGCCGGGUAAUUUGUUUUCAGUUAUCCUCCAAUCUAUGCCUCCUCUCCGGGAUGGACUUCUCUUUGGAACCCUAACCCUCGGCGCUCCAUUUCGGUCCUGCCCUCCCUUCCCUUCCUUCCUUCCUUCCUUCAAUCUUCCGGCAAGAAUCCAAUCUUUCGUUCUUCUGAUGUUAAACAUUCCACCUAUGAUUCCACUUUCUUCGUCCAAUUCCACAGUUUUUGCAAUCCUUGGCUCUCAGUUUUGUCGGAUUCCAAAUCCCAACGGAAAGAUUUCCAAAUUCCGAUGUCCACCAGAAUUUUUCCGAGUUUCUUUUCCAAAUUUGAUUCAAAACGCUGGUGAAAUUUGACGUAAUCAAGCCUAACCAUUGUCAAAGUUGGGAUUUUUAUGAAUUUAAGCUAGCCGAGAGACGGUUCUUGAUAUCAAGCUGGGAUUUUUAUGAACCUAGGCUUGUAAGGAUUUGGCUCUGUGGAUCAACUUAAUCUCUUCAUUCCACUGCUAAAAUUGGUCUGGAGUUUUCCUUCAACUUGAUGCCAAAACCCUGGUUAAAUUUGAGGUAAUCCAUCCCAACUCUUCUCAAAGCUGGGAUUUUAUGAAUCAGAGACUGGAGAGGGAGAGAGACUUUGGAAAAAGCUGGGAUUUUUAUGAAUUUAAGCUUGAAAAUUUUGCCUUUCUGCAUCCAUUUGAUCCCUUCAUUCCAGCUUCCGAAUUCAUCUGAGUUUUCUUUCAACAUGAUAUCAAAACCCUUGUGAAAAUUAAGGCAAUUGAUCCAAAACCUUCCCAAAGCUUGGAUUUUUAUGAAUUAAGGUAGCAGAGAGUCCUCCAUCUCCAAUGGAAUUCCAGCCUCCACCAGGGAACGUAGUCUUCUGCUGUGUUUCUAGAGGCAACCAAAUCCUUCACAAAUUCAGUGGCGGCGACCAUGAGCUCGAGGCUUUGGCCGAGCGCUGCCUGGAAAAAGCCCCAACCCUUCAUUCCUGGUAUUCCCGCACUGUCAACUCGAGGACCUUCAGCUUUCUAAUGGAAGACAAUUACACCUACUUCGCCAUUGUCGACGUAAGCACUGGCAAUUCGGACACCCGCUGGUUCCUUGAGCAGCUCCGAGACAGCUUCAAGGCCUCCAAGAAUGGAUUCCAGGAUGAAUUGGUCCCCUUCAUUGGCCGCUUGAUUUCUUCAUUGAAGAGCAUGUCCUGGAAUCAGACAUCCGAUGGUGCAUCGACUGAUGGAUCAACAAAUUCUGCAAGGAUGCUUCUUUUAAGGAAGGCGAGUGAGAAAUAUGAUGGGGAGAAGUCGAAGGAGAGAGCAUUGGAGACUGAAGAUGGUGGCGAGGAACAUUCCGAUAGGGGGAUAAGGAUUGAAUUGCCUCAUGAACCGGUGGGCAGUGUUGUUUCUUUGAGGAAGAGCUUGAGCUCGAGGAGUCGAGGGCCUCAGCAUGCACGAAAAUUAUGGUGGUGUCAAGUGAAGGUAGUGCUUGCCAUUGAUGUGAUCCUCUGCUUGGUGCUGUUUGGGGUUUGGUUGGGGGUCUGUAGGGGUUUCCAGUGUCUUUCUUGAUGAUGGAGGGGUUGGAUUGGAUUUGGAGCUGACAAUGUUCUUGGCUUCAACCAGAAUGCUAUAUGAAUAUGGCAGCCUGCAGUUUUGAAAGAUGGAGGAUAUGGAAGAUGAUUCAUUUUGUUAGAGAUGAGGUUUGAGGAUGCUUGCUGUAUAUAUAGCUUUUUUACCUUUCAGUAUAACUGAAUUGUUACAUGCAUUAGAUUUGCAGAAUAUAUAUCUAUGGCUUUCUUUUUAGCUUA